GUAUUUUUUAUUUUAAGCGCGUCUCCAACUCAACUACAACAAGUUGAGUGUCUUUUUCAGGUUUAAAGAUGGAAACCAGCCUCAGUGACAGCCUGAUGAUCAUUUACGAGGAUGAAUCGGUGGAUGUUCGUUACGGAAACGGAGCUCAGUUACAAAUGUCGCCGUGUGGCUGUGAGUUCAUGCUGGUGAAACCCAAAGACCCCUCCGGACACCCUCUGCAGCCCACUGAGAGGGUCCGACAGAGGACCAGAUUCACCAUCAGCGUUUAUAAGGAGUUCAUAGUUGCUGCAUUGGCGUUUAGGAAUAAAUAUGCAAGUCGCCCAUAUCUGCCAGAGGAGCUCAUCCCUGCUGACCGCAAAAAGCCUUUUGUCAGCAUUGACUCAGAUGUGCUGUGGCCUAAGUGGUCUUCAUUUGAUGCUGAGCUGGGACCUGCAGGCGAGACCAUCAUCAGGUCGGAGGAGGGACGAGCUGCGUUGAUGCUGUCGGCUUCUGGUGACGAAUUUUCCGUUGAGUUUACAAGCAGCCUCAGUAAGACUCAGCGCCGCAGCAUGCAGGGUUUCAGCAGAGACUCUGACAGCAGCCCAGGAAAUCAUCCUCAGCAGCAGCAAAUAAGCAAUCUGAUCUGUCAGACUUCCAAUGUUGAGAACAAACAGGUUCAUCAGGGAAUCGGAAGCAGAAGGAAUGAAUCUAUUAGAUCAAGGUCUUGUUCCCCUCGGACUCUCAGCACUGCUCAGCCAACGCCAGAGAAGAUGUAUCAAUCCACCACAGUGGUCCAGCAUCACUCCUGCUGCGCUGUUGCCCCACCCUGGUGCUACCCUCUGUCCUUGGCUCGGCAUCUCUGGACUACUCGUCUCUCUAAAGCUAAAGAAAUAAGAACAAAGGAAAUCAGCGAAAACACGCAGGAACACGAAAGCAUCAACAAGCCAGAAAUAUCCAUCACAGAAAGACAGUCUCAUCUUCCUCUGGCGCUGCCUCUCACAUGUCCAUCACCUCACAGGCACAGAUGGAAGGUUGAAGACGGCCUGGUGGAAAAAGAACAUCCAGACCAAGAUCUUCCAACAGAGUUGUUAAAAGUGAUGAGGUGUCAAGGAGUCACCUACAGGAUACUGAGCGGGACGGUCUCAGUCAUAGAGGUUUCUCCAGGCGAUGGAUCAGUCAUGCGGUCUAAUGGGGUCCUUAAUAAUUAUUUUACUCAUCACAAACUCCUCUCAGGGCAGGUGAAGGAGGUAACAUACCAUCUGAACAGCCUUCCCCCUGACGUACCCGGACAGCUGUACUCUGUGUGCUCCAUUGUGAGCCGUGCAGACAGGAUACUGGCUUGCUAUAAUGAGGCCAAGCAAUCCCUGAAGCUCACUGCGACACCAAGCUGCCUGCAAGAGGGGAGACGUUCUUCUCAACCAGCAAGGAUGGAAGAACAUCUUCCCAAUCUUGUUUCUUUUGAGCAGCAUGUGAAUGUCACACAGACUGCAGAAAGUCGGUCAGAUCUGGUAGCUGCAGAAUUGGAGAAGAUUAAACGUUUCAACUUUUUGUUGGAGAACAACCACCUGAUAACGAGUGAUAAAGGACGUGCUAAACUUGAACGCAGCUCUCCAGAGGAGGUCAAUCAUGAACCAGUGAAUGAGGACUGCAUCGCAGAGGCUCUACAGAAAACCUCUAAAGCCAUACGGGACAUUGAUGCUCUCAUAUCCGCAGCCUCACUGACUUGAGUCUGAAGUCGAAGACAAAGCUAUUUUCAAACUCACAAAUAAAGAUUUUCUGUUUUUCAGUUUUUUAAGCUGUGAAUAUAUUUGAUACCUGGACUGACAUAACAAGACAUUAAAUAUAAUGAUUAUAUCACCUGGGACUUAGGACAUUUAAAAAAGAUUUUGGACAUUUUACCAAAUGAUUAAACUUGAUUGUGUUAUGAAUUAUUGUGAUAAUUAAAUUAUAGCCAAUACAUUAUUGGCCGUAACAAGUGCAGCCUCUACAAACUUCAGUACUUGAUACUUUACGAGAAAACAUUAAAAGUGAUGUCUGAAAUGUUGGGGUAAGUUUAGUAAGAAACAAAAUGUUUAUUUUGAGUGUUCUUCCCAACUACAUGUUAUGGAAGCUCUCAAACUCUCAAAAUGUAAGAUGUUUUUUGCCUGAAAUGUCUCGCUUUAAAUUAUGCAAAUAUACUCUGUGUGCCAAGUUUAAUUUAUUGGUAGAUUAAAGCUGAAAGAAAAAACACUUUUAAAUGAAUGUAAAAUGUUUAUUAAUAAACUUGCCCUUUCUCACUUAGUUAAUAGUCAAAUACUUCCCCUUAUAUUUGGAGCAUUUUUCUGUAGUGAACAGCACUUCCCACCAUAAUCAAAAAUGAGGUGAGUGGUUACUGAGAAUGUUAUACAUUUAAAUAAAGCUGUUGUGAAUUUAUAAUCAGUUAUGUUAUCAUUUUUGCCUUGGGAAGAAAUUGUAUUUAUUUUGUUCAUUCUUCAUCCUGU